UUGCUGAUAGCAUAUCAGUGGUACAGAGACAGAGCAGCUCUUGCUGUUACACAAGACAACGGGUAGCCGGCUGCAGCAAGCACAUCCUUUACCUCUUGAAAGGUAUCCAUUUAUCUAUUUGUUAUCUUCAGCAUCCUUAGCCUCCCCGAAAAGACUGAAGCAACAGUGCCAGAAAGAAAUGGGCAGAACCCAGAGGGAUUAUUUCACACCACAAAGUAGUUGUAUGAAAAAGCUGUGAUGGGAAAGACGACUUCACUUUUCCUCACUUUCCUGUUUUGAAGGAUUCUUCACGGACACAAAAGAGGUCCAUCAAGUUCAGCACUAUGACUGAUGGGGACUAUGACUAUCUGAUCAAGCUCCUGGCCCUUGGGGAUUCUGGGGUUGGGAAGACAACAUUCCUGUACAGAUAUACAGAUAACAAGUUCAACCCAAAGUUCAUUACAACAGUAGGAAUUGACUUCCGGGAAAAACGUGUGAUGUACAACAGCCGGGGGUCAAAUGGAUCUCCUGGGAAAACCUUUAAGGUUCAUCUUCAGCUCUGGGACACAGCUGGGCAAGAAAGAUUCAGAAGUCUCACGACUGCAUUUUUCAGAGAUGCCAUGGGCUUCUUGUUAAUGUUUGAUCUCACCAGUCAACAGAGCUUCUUAAAUGUCAGGAACUGGAUGAGUCAACUACAGGCAAAUGCUUAUUGCGAGAGCCCAGACAUAGUGUUAAUUGGAAAUAAAGCUGACCUGUCAGAUCAGAGAGAGGUGAACGAAAGACAAGCAAAAGACCUUGCAGACAAAUACGGCAUUCCAUACUUUGAAACGAGUGCAGCUACUGGCCAGAAUGUGGAGCAGGCAGUAGAAACCCUUUUGGACUUGAUAAUGAAGCGUAUGGAACAGUGUGUUGACAAGUCUCAAGCCUCUGACACAGCCAAUGGGGGAAGUUCAGGGAAGCUGGCUUCAGGAAAAUCAGAAGAAAAGAGGUGUGCUUGUUGACUUCAUUGCUUGAUCUGAGGAGAAAGAAUGAAAAUAUGUCCAAUCAGAAAAAGACAGAUUGAUCAACCACUGAAUUGAAUCCUGGAAGCUCCUAUGGACUACAUGGGACAGCUGUUAUUGUCUUAAACAAGCCUGGUGUGUUUUGAUACCGAGAGAGUCAUAUUUGAACAAAUGCUCCCUUUAUCGUGCCAUCUUCAUGAAUAAAAAACCCAAAGGCCCUCAUCUUUUCAGUACCAUUAGUCUAAUAAAUAGAGGAAAUGCUUAUUUGAGAGAAAACUUUAUUGAAAUGUUAGAAGACUAUUUUAUGAUCAGGUAAGAGGUCAGCCUUGAGGCCUAUAUCAUCACAUUGAAUGCCUUCUAUUACAGUGAACAUUUUGCAUUUGCUAAAGACAGGUUGUGAAAAAAGAGUGUUUAUUUAAUGUGGAUUAUUUUAAAUGACUGUAAAAAAAUACAAACAGCUCUUGCAGUUAUAUUCAGCUGCCUAAGCUCUUAAUUCAUAAUUUGGAGUCCUCUUCCAAAACAAAGUCAGGGAACUAAAUAACACUCCAUAUCAGUCCAGAGAGAUGUGGGCUUACAAGAGAAAGAUGUCCAGAAAUGGUAGAUUUAAAGUCUGGAAAGUUUUCCACAACCUGAAAGGUAUUACCUGUGUUUUUAAACAUUCUGGGCAAGGAUAUGCUACUCAUGUUCCAAUAACAUGUACACAUGAAUGAUAAACACUUUCCCUGAUGACACUAGAAUUGUGAUAUCAGAGUCCCCUUUCUGUACAGGAAAAGGGAGACUGGGAAGGAAUAUCCAUUAAGGUCCAUAUAAAUUCAAUAGAUUUUCUUUCCAUAUCCGUGUAAUUUUAUUUUUAUUUUACAAGUGGGUACUCCAGAAUUUUGAAGCAUUUAAACUUAAGAAUGUUGAAGAACAGCGAGAUGGAAGAAUGAGGUCGAUUCCAAUAUUGUAGAUAGACCAGCUGUUGAGAAACAUGUAUAACUUAAAGCCAAAUGUGACAGGACAGUGAUAUUCUAAAUUGGUUUUCUCAAAUAAAAGUUCAGUAACUUUCCUUCUA